ACAUAUUAGGGUUUCGAUCAUCUAAUGUGUGAAUUGUAACCAAUUUUGCAAUAAUUCAAGGUUUGACUAAUGUUGUCAUUAUUUAAUUAGACGAAACAAUCCCUCCCAAGCAGAAGACUUAUUUAUCCUUAACGACAACAAUAGACGAUAAUCCUCAGUCCGAAUGCCCUUAAUUUUGCUUAACCUGUCCCUCUUCUCUCUCUCUCACACACACACAAACGCACGCACGCACAUUCUGAUCAUUUUUGCUUUCUGAUUUUUAUUUUAAUAAUUUGAAACUGCACCUGACCAAUAACAGAGGCAACCGAGAGAGGUUUCCCUAUCAGAGCGAGGUGUUGAAAUUGCGUCAGCAGCGCUAAUUUGUUUCGCUGUGUGUUUCCUCUGGAGAUUUAUUAAUUGGAAUCUCGUGAAGGAUUCUGUUUCUUGAGGAUGAAUUUCUUCGGAUCCAACAUGCCCACCGACGUCGGGCUGCGGUUACUUCUUUGUCCACUUGGUUCCAAUAUUGUAGUUCGUACAGCAUGCUGUUCGGUGGGGGUUGUCUUACCUGUUUAUUCUACAUUCAAGGCCAUUGAGACGAAGGAUCAAGAUGACCAACACAAAUGGCUUGUAUACUGGGCUGCUUAUGGAUCCUUCACUGUUGCUGAGAUCUUCACUGAUAAGCUUCUAUAUUGGUGUCCUUUCUACUACCAUUUAAAGUUUGCAUUUCUUGUCUGGCUUCAACUGCCAUCUGUUGAGGGAGCAAGUGUGUUGUAUAUGAAUUAUCUGCGGCCGUUCCUCCAGAAGCGUCAGGCCAGGCUUGAUCAAAUUGUGAAUUUCUUCUAUGGUGAAAUGGUGAAAUUUGCCAGUAAACAUGAAGCAGAAAUUCAGGUGACGAGGUCAAUCCUUAUGAAGAUUUUGUUGUCAGCUAAUCAAAUGGUUAAAGAAAUAAUGCACCCUACGCAAAGGCAAAUCGGAGGUCCUGACCAACGUGUGGAGACUUCAGAUUCAGAUUCAGAUUCUGAUUCUGAUCGCGGAGACUGACAAAUAAGUUGCAGUUCGUACAAUUUGUUUUAUCUUAUAACAUAAACCACUUUUAGAAGAUGAGUUUCUACUUUUUUUUCAGCAUUCUGCUUAGUCUUUUGAGCAUAGAUGUCUUUACAUUUAGCGUACGCAAGGAUAGCACGAGAUCAGUUGAAGGGCGUAGUGUUUGUGGAACUUUUGCUCUACUGAAUCACUCUUCCCAUGGUUGUAUAUAUUUCCAUCUAUGUUGACAUAUUCUUUUUGAUUUGUGUGAACAGGAAUUAAGAUGCUGUGCUUUGCUGCAGUAGUUAAAGUAUUUGUCACGUUAUGGAUAUUUAUUUUCA